CCCUUUUGCUGCUUUUUCUCGUUUUCCGGCGCAAAAUGUGGAGUGUCUGUUCGGCUGUUGACUCCGUGGAAGUUCUCCGGCGACGAUGAAUCUCUUCGUUGCUGUCUCCUCCGCCGCCGUCCUCCUCAUCUCCGCCGGAUUUCUUCCUCGGCUUAAUGAUUUCUAUUGGUCAACUCUGAAGUCUCUGAUUCCACCGGCAAGGAUGGUGGCGGAUUUGGUAGUGAGAAAUGGAACAAUCUUCACAAGCGACGAUGCUCUGCUGUUCACAGAUUCCAUGGCGAUUCGAAAUGGGAGGAUUUUACGAGUCGGGAGCUUUUCUUCAAUUCAGGAUUUGGUGGGAGAUGGUACUGUGGAGGUGAAUUUGGAGGGGAAGGCUGUGGUGCCUGGAUUUAUUGAUUCACAUGUUCACUUGAUCGCCGGGGGAUUGCAGAUGGUGCAGGUUGAACUUCGAGGGGUAAAUCAGAAGGAUGAGUUUGUUAAGAGGGUGAAGGAAGCAGUGCAAACUGCAAAACAUGGCUCCUGGAUUCUGGGUGGUGGAUGGAACAAUGAUUUCUGGGGUGGAGAAUUGCCCUCUGCAACAUGGAUUGAUGACAUCUCUCCUCACAAUCCUGUUUGGUUAAUUAGGAUGGAUGGCCACAUGGCCUUGGCGAAUUCUGUCACACUUAAGAUUGCUGGGAUUACGAAUCUAACUGAAGAUCCUCUUGGUGGUACAAUUAUGAGAACAUCAAGUCGUGAGCCAACAGGUCUUUUGAUCGAUGCUGCAAUGGAGCUUGUAUCCCCAUGGAUUCCAGAAGUAUCGGUGAAUCAGCGUAGGGAAGCUCUUGUUAGAGUUAGCAAAUAUGCAUUGGCAAGAGGGGUGACGACUGUUAUUGAUGUGGGAAGAUACUAUCCUGGCACUACAGAUGAGCUGUCCUGGGAAGACUUUUCAGAUGUUUAUCAAUGGGCUGAUUCCUCGAAGAAGAUGAUGAUAAGGGUUUGCUUGUUUUUUCCAAUCACGACAUGGUCACGCUUAUCGGAUUUCGUUAAUCAGAAGGGACAGACGUUGAGUGAAUGGUUGUAUCUGGGUGGUGUCAAAGCAUUUUUUGAUGGCUCACUGGGUUCAAAUAGUGCACUUUUUUACGAGGAAUACGCCGAUGAACCUAACAAUUAUGGGUUACAAGUUACAGAUCCCGAGAAACUUUCAAACUUGACCAUGGCAGCAGAUAAAUCGGGGCUUCAGGUCGCUAUACAUGCUAUAGGCGACAAAGCAAAUGACAUGAUCCUUGACAUGUAUGAAACCGUUGCUGCGACCAAUGGAGAGCGCGAUAGAAGAUUUAGGAUUGAACAUGCCCAACAUCUGGCACCAGGAUCAGCAGUUCGGUUUGGUCAGCUGAACAUUGUUGCCUCGGUGCAGCCAGACCAUUUGCUAGAUGAUGCAGACUCUGCUGUCAAAAAGCUUGGUCCCGACAGGGCUCAGAAGUCGUCGUAUCUGUUCCACUCUCUCUUGUCUGGCAAUGCACUCCUGGCGUUUGGCUCAGACUGGCCUGUUGCAGACAUCAACCCGUUGCAUAGUAUCAGAACCGCGAUGAAAAGGACGCCCCCCGGAUGGACUCAUGGUUGGAUUCCAUCAGAAUGCAUCUCACUGACCGAUGCUCUGACUGGGCACACAAUGGGGGCGGCACGAGCAGCCUUUCUGGAUAGAUAUUUGGGAUCAUUAUCUCCCGGGAAACUCGCAGAUUUCGUUAUACUGUCGACUGAUUCAUGGGAAGAAUUCUCGAAAGAGGGCUCUGCUUCAGUUGUGGCGACUUUCGUAGCGGGAAAAAAGGCGUAUCCUUGACAUCCCUAUCUCAUAAACGAGGUAUGUGAGAUCGAUUAUGUGUUUGUUGGAAUAGUCAUCUAUAUAGCUUUCGUUGUCACCAUAUCUGUGUAAUCCUCGGACAGGGAAAAAAAACACAUGGUCUUCUGUUAGAUUUGAUCUUGUAAGUCGCCGACUUGUUCAAUCUUUAUGUUUCAUCUUGUAAGUUGUAACCAAACCAACCAAAACAUUUUUCUCUUCUUUAAA